UAGCCGUGUAAAUAAAUAUUGAAUCAUGAAUUGAUUAAUUAAAAUAUCCAUCGUAAAACAAAUCCGCCACAAAUAAAUAUGGCAGUAAACUUUUUAAAAAGUCUCAUACCAUUGGCUCGCCCGUGCAAUUUGUCAAAAAUAUUGCCGAGAUUUUACAGUAUUUACGAGCCGCCCUAUUUGGAGGCACUAAAACCAAAGUAUCCUCUUUAUCCACUUUUAAAUGUACAAAUCAGAGGCUACGAUUAUGCAAUUUUAGAAAAUUUUCAAAGUUGGGUUCACAAGAUUGCUGAAGCAAUGGAUUUUGAUGUCGAAGAGUGUUACGCUUUUCCUCACAAAGAGUAUAAGAUUAUCAGGUACAAGCCCAAAUCAACAGUGGUGGAAGUGGAAUAUACUUUAAAACUUUAUCAGAGAAACAUUAAAAUGUCAAAUGUAACUUCUGUUGGUUUGCCGAUUUUCAUUAGAAUAUGCGAGGCAGGCUUGCCCGAAGGUACCCUGUUUGAUAUUUUUGAGCACACAGAAGAACACGAAAAUGCCAGGUAUAUACCUGAUAAGAGAUUGUUAGACAUGCAAGAGGAAUUGGCGUCUGUUGGAAAACCGCCAAAAAAGAAAAGACUUGUUUUCAAGAAAAAGUGA